CCGGCCGGUUUACUCCAGACUUUCGAUUUCGUAAAAAUGCAACGAGACCCUGCUGUUUGGGUUUGGUCUCUAUCAUAUCGGGAGAUUCUUUUUUUCUUCCCCUUGUCAUCUUCUUCACUACGUCUAGGCUAGUGGCCUUGAUCGCCCUCCCCAUAUUAAUAACAAUAGCUAUUACAAUACGUACAAGUUUUGAAUCAAGUCUCUGCUUCGACUCAUAUCACUCACGAUCACCGAUAUUUAUAUAGGUAUCUCCGCGGGUCAUAUUACUAUAUAAGCUAAGGCUUAUGACUAUUUUCCUAGUUAUCUAUUGUACAGAAAAGAUAGAAAAGUUUGAGAGGUUGGCUCAUUGCUGCUGCUACUGUAUGGGGCAAAAUCAAUAAGGAAAAUUUCACUUAUACAAUUAGUCAUUGUUAACAGAAUCCACCCAAGUGACUCUUUAGAGAAUAACGAGAAUAACUCUGGGUUCAAAGAAACAAAGCAAAAAAAGAAUUUGCCAGUUGACAAAAGCUCCACUACCAAUUAGCCUCCUACUCCUUACAAAAAACUCACCUCCAAAAAAUGCCGUCUAUCACCUCGCCAAGUUCUAGUAAUAGCGACUUGCCGUCCGAUGUCGAAAAGCAGGCGGAGCCUAUCCGCACGGGACGGCAAACGCCAAGUCGGGGUGGCAAAGAAGAGGAACGGGAUAACGGCGAUGACAGCCCUACAGAAGAGACAGCGGCGGUGGCGGAUGAUUGGCAGAUCCCGCCUGAGCCCGACUUGCUGAACACGGAGGCCGAUGGGAUGGCCGGAACGGUGAACCGGGUGCUCAGCAGGAUAUCGACGAAAUCGAGUUGGAAUCCCGGACCGCCACCGGAUGGGGGACGAGUGGCUUGGUUAGCUUGCAUCUGCGGUCACUUCGCCAUCAUGAACACAUGGGGUUUUAUCAACUCCUUCGGCGUGUUCCAGACAUACUACGUCUCACAGCUAAGCCGAACACCCUCGGAAAUCUCAUGGAUAGGCUCCCUACAGGUGUUUUUAACUUUCUUCAUCGGCACCUUCACCGGCCGCAUGACAGACGCUGGAUUCUUCCGCCCGGUGCUCAUCUGCGGCACCAUCUUCAUGACCCUCGGCAUAUUCACUACCUCGGUGGCUACCCAGUACUGGCAACUGCUACUCUCCCAGGGCCUAUGCAUGGGCAUUGGCAGCGGCUUCAUCUUCUGCCCCGCCAUAUCCACCGUCUCUACCUACUUCAACAAGAAGCGCUCCCUCGCCAUCGGCAUCACCGCGUGCGGCUCCGUCACCGGCGGUCUAAUCUUCCCAGCCAUGGCGCGCCAACUCCUCCCCACCGUGGGCUUCGGCUGGGCCGUCCGCGCCAUCGGCUUCGUGCAGCUCGGCAGCCUAAUCUUCACCGUCGCCUUCAUGAAGUCGCGACUUCCCCCCCGGCGCACGGGCAGCCUGGUAGAGUGGGCCGCGUUCAAGGAGCUCGAGUACACCUUCUACGCCGCGGGCAUGUUCUUCAACUUCUGGGGCGUGUACUUCGCCUUCUACUACCUCGCGGCCUUCAGCCGCGAGGCCGUCGUCCCCGCGCUGGCCUACACGGACUCGCUGAACAUGCUGCUCCUCCUCAACGGCAUCGGCGUGCUCGGGCGGCUGCUGCCGAACUACCUCGCCGACCGCGCGGGGCCCCUCAACCUCAUGAUCCCCACGUGCCUCAUCUGCGGCGUCGCGCUGCUCUCGUGGACGGCGGUGCGCACGCCCGCGCAGCUGUACGGCUGGGCCGUCGUGUACGGCGUCGUCGCCGGCGCGCUGCAGAGCCUGUUCCCGGCGGGGCUCAGCAGCCUGACGGCGGACCUGCGGAAGCAGGGCACGCGCAUGGGCAUGGUGUUCACGAUCGUGAGCUUUGCCGUGCUGACGGGGAACCCGAUCGCCGGCGCGAUUAUCGGGGCCAUGGGGGGCAGCUAUGUGGGCGCGCAGAUAUUCACGGGCGUGUGUCUGCUCGUGGGGAUGGGCUUCAUUCUGGCCGCGAGGUGGGUUAGGAUGAGGGGGGUGGGGACGGGGUGGAGGGUUAAGAUAUAGUGUUAGGUACCUAGGUAGGCAGGUAGGUACCUGUGUAUGGAUGUUUUAGGUA